AUGAUCGUGAACGUGAUGCUAGGUUUUGCGGCAUUCAUUGUGGGCGUGGCCGCCAAGGCAAACGUGGGGGACCAAGAUUCCCACCUCAUGCAGUUGUCCGCACAAGGCCAUAAUCAGUUGGACUCGCUCGGCCUCGCGAAUUCCUCCGCUGCUUCGUCGGCGUGCAGCACGUCUUCGAGCAGUCCGGCAGUGGGUUGUGAAAGUGUGUAUUCCUCCGGUUGCAGAACGUCUGGCGUAUUUUGGAUUCAGCCAGAUUCGAGUCAAAAUGCCUUCCAGGUAUAUUGCUCCAUGGACGACCCCAAUGGCGAUGGCGGUGGCUGGACUUUGGUUUUUGGAAUUCAAAGCAGUACGUACCGCAGUUGGUUGUCAGGGUGCACCUACAGUGCAAACAUGCUUGAUCCAACCACAGCAGACGGAUGCGCGAGCAACAUGGCGCUCACACUGGGGAAAGCACAGUUCAUCAAGUGGACGGAUACGUCCACCUCAUACACCCCGUUUUUGCUAGCAGAGUUCCAAGAUAUUGGUGACUACUACCGCGAGGUUUUCGAGCCCGGGACAACCGGUACCGACAACAAUGUUUUCGUCAGGUACCCCAAGGGACCAUACUCAUCAUGGGGGUGGGUGUCUACAGUAGGACAAUGGCGCAGCUUCAGCAGCAGUAAUCGUCAUUUGUGGGCUCAUUCAAUUAACGGUUACAAGUGUUGGUGGGAUGCUGAUGCAGGAGAUCGACCAUUUUACAAUGACGGUGGUGGAAGUAACGAAGCGAACAAAUGCGAGGGAUAUGACCCCCCGUACCAGUAUCCAUCAACGGCCAGCCGCGGGGGAUCUUUCGAUUACCUCAUAUGGGUGAAAGGCGAAGCGGGGCUGGCGCCGAUCGCUACGCCCAGCCCGACGCCCAACCCGACGCCCAACCCGACGCCCAGCCCGACGCCCAGCCCGACGCCAAGCCCGACGCCCAGUCCGACGCCCAGCCCGACGUAUCCUCCGGCCGGAGGCAUGGCUGCCACAGGCGAUCCCCACCUGCAAAAUGUUCUUGGUCAGCGGUUCGAUUUGAUGAAGCCGGGCAAGCACGUUCUGAUAAACAUCCCUCGUGGAAGGCACAAAAACGCAUUGCUUCGCGUGCAGGCCGACGCGCGUCAAAUGGGAGGACACUGCGCAGACAUGUAUUUCCAAGAACUGAAUAUUACAGGGGAGUGGGUGGAAGCUACAGUGCCUGGUGGUCUCCGUUUCCAAGCUUGGAGUGUGCAGCACGAGCAGCCAAAGUGGUUGAAGUUUGGGAAGGUGCAGGUGAAAGUUGCCCGUGGGCGCACUCAGAACGGUGACCAGUAUCUGAACUUCUAUGUAAAGCAUAUUGGACAUUCUGGAUUCACUGUCGGAGGAUUGCUAGGAGAAGACGACCACACGGAGGCAGCGAUACCCUCGGAGGCUUGCAUGCACCACCUUACCCUGCUUAAGGCGUUAUCCAAUCAGUCUCGGAGCGCACCCGUUUUCUCGGUUGCCGAGGCGAGCUAA